CGCCAAAGUAGUGGGGCGUUGCGAAUCUGCCAUGUUUGAUUUCCUGGAUUACGUAGACAACCAACAUUCAUAAAUAUCGAAGAAUAUCUCAGUCAUCCUUCUUUCGUUUAUAUUCAGAAUACAGCAUUAACUACCUGUACGUGAUACUGUGACGUGUGGAUUGGUUAUCUCGCUAUUGGACCCGUAACGUUGCCGAUCCAGUUAUUUGCAACCUUCAAUUUUGUGAUACAAACAGAUCACUGUGUUGAAGGUUUUCAGAAUGGGAACCAGGGAUGACGAGUAUGAUUAUCUGUUUAAAGUUGUGCUAAUUGGUGAUUCCGGUGUGGGAAAGAGUAACUUGCUAUCACGGUUUACUCGCAAUGAGUUCAACUUGGAAAGCAAAAGUACAAUCGGCGUGGAGUUUGCAACAAGAAGCAUUCAGGUUGACGGGAAGACGAUAAAGGCACAGAUAUGGGACACGGCCGGUCAGGAGCGCUAUCGAGCCAUCACUAACGCGUACUACAGAGGUGCCGUCGGCGCGCUGCUAGUGUAUGAUAUCGCUAAGCACAUAACGUACGAGAACGUCGAGCGGUGGCUGAAGGAGCUCCGCGACCACGCCGACAGUAACAUCGUAAUCAUGCUCGUCGGCAACAAGAGCGACCUGAGGCACUUGCGGGCGGUGCCGACGGACGAGGCAAAGGCCUUCGCAGAGAAGAAUAACCUGUCGUUUAUCGAAACAUCAGCUCUAGAUUCAACAAAUGUAGAGACAGCUUUUCAGAAUAUUCUAACAGAGAUCUACAAGAUCGUCUCCCAGAAGCAGAUCCGUGAUUCGCCCGACGAGGAGCACUCGCCCGGCUCGAGCGUGAAGCCCAUCCAUGUCGUGCCAACGAACGGCGACGCCGACUCAAGAAAGAACAAGUGCUGCCAGUAGCGUCUCCGCCUCUGCGUUGAUACCUCUGCUU